UUCUGAAGUGCUAAGAUGUCUGGACGUGGAAAAGGAGGCAAAGGUCUUGGAAAGGGAGGUGCUAAGCGCCAUCGCAAGGUUCUCCGUGAUAACAUCCAGGGAAUCACCAAACCCGCUAUCCGCCGCCUGGCUCGCCGUGGUGGUGUGAAGCGUAUUUCUGGUCUUAUCUACGAGGAGACUCGUGGUGUGCUGAAGGUUUUCCUGGAGAAUGUGAUCCGUGAUGCUGUCACCUACACCGAGCACGCCAAGAGAAAGACCGUCACCGCCAUGGACGUGGUCUACGCUCUGAAACGCCAAGGCCGCACUCUGUACGGUUUUGGCGGUUGAAUUUGCAUCCAUCAGAAAUUUACACCAAAGGCUCUUUUAAGAGCCACCCACAUUUCUCUGAAAAGGGCUUGAUUCCAUACGUAUGUUUUUAAAAGCUCCUUUCAGACACCCAAGGUUGUUUUUUAUACUUAAUCGCUGUAGACAAUAUCAACAAAAUAUAGGUUCAUUGCGGGAGCGGAAAAGGACAAGGCAUUCAAUAUACUGAACUGCAUAUUAACAUUAUCAUUUUGCAAUACUAUUGACAUGCUGUUGUAAACGGCCUACACAAUUUGAAUUAUUUUCUUGCUGUAAGUAACUGGAUAUACCUGCUAUAUUAAUUAAGGAAAGUAAUACUAGCCACUGCUCUGAUCAAUUAUGUUUAACAUGUUUAAACUGUAUCUUCCCAGAUAUAUUAAAUGC